AUGGUUUCAGAAGUUCGAAAUUCUGGAUCUACGCUACGGACGAAAGAACUGCUGACCUUGAUUCAACUUCACGCUUUCCUCCUGCUUCAAACGCACCUGCUGACUGAAUUUAUUCUUCUUCAGCCCCGACUCGCCUAUACUCGGCUUUGGCAUCACACCGACGCGUCUGGCCGCGUCCUAGGCAAAUUUGCCGUUCGAAUCGCCAAUGUACUCAUGGGAAAGCAUAAGCCUGUGUGGCACCCAAGCUUGGACAAUGGCGAUUAUGUCUGCGUAACCAACGUUCGCAAACUCAUUGUUACAGGCAAAAAGUCUGAGCAAAAGGUAUACCGACAUCAUACCAUGUAUCCUGGCGGACUACACGAGCGAAAGUACAAAGAUCUCAUGAAGGACCGACCAGACCAGAUCCUUCGACUUGCAGUUUCAGGAAUGCUUCCAAAGAACAAACUCCGCGAGAGAAGGCUAGAGAGGCUACGGAUAUUCGAGGGCGACGUUGUUGAAGGUGGAUUAGAAGGAAAUAUACAAACAUCCUGGGGGGGACUCCUCGAGACAAGAGAGGUGACAUUUACUCCUCGAUCGCCUCCGACAGGGUCAACGUCGCCCUCCACUACGUCAAAGCCGGCUUCUGAAACAACAGCAUGA